AUGGCUAAUGACACCAUGGUCACCAUGUUUGUCCUAAUUGGCUUCACGGACCGAUUCGAGCUGCAGAUCUUCCUCUUCCUGCUAUUCCUUGCAAUCUAUCUCUUUACACUAGUGGGAAAUCUGGGAUUAGUAUUGUUAGUUGUGAUUGAUUCCCGACUCCAUACCCCCAUGUACCAUUUCCUUAGUGUUUUAUCUUUCUUGGAUGCUUGCUACUCCUCAGUUAUCACACCUAAGAUGUUGGUCAAUUUCCUAGCAGAGAAUAAAGUCAUUUCCUUUUCUGGUUGUGUUACCCAAAUGCUCCUCUUUGUUACUUUUGGGACCACUGAAUGUUUUCUUUUGGCUGCUAUGGCAUAUGACCGCUACAUUGCAAUCUGUAAUCCACUGCUUUACUCAGCCAUCAUGUCUCCACAAGUUUAUGUACCUCUUAUUAUUGGUUCAUAUGUAGGGGGUGUGUCACAUGCCAUUUUACAUACUGUUGCUACAUUUAGUUUAUCCUUUUGUGCAUCCAAUGUAAUCAGACACAUCUUCUGUGAUAUCCCUCCACUCCUGGCCAUUUCCUGUUCUGAUACUCAUGUCAAUGAACUGCUGCUUUUCACCUUUGUGAGCUCAAUUGAGAUCUUCACCAUCCUGAUUGUCCUGGUUUCUUAUGGCUUCAUCGUGGCUGCCAUUCUGAGAAUCCGCUCCACUGAAGGGAGGAAAAAAGUCUUCUCUACCUGUGGUUCCCAUAUGACUGGGGUAGCCAUUUACCAUGGCACUAUCCUCUUCAUGUACCUGAGGCCCUCUUCCAGCUACUCUCUGAGUCAUGACAUGGUUGUAUCUGUAUUUUAUACCAUUGUGAUUCCCAUGUUAAACCCCAUUAUCUACAGCCUGAGGAACAAAGAUGUGAAGGAGGCAUUAAAAAAAUUUUUGGAGAGAAUCCAUAAUAUAUCUUUUCCAUUUUAG